AUGCCAGCCAUGUCGCGGAUUGCCCUUGCCCUGGGCCUCACUCUAGGUGCUUAUGCAGCGCCCAACUCCAUCACGGCCCCCACCGGGAUGAAGCGGAUGACCGUUGCUCUUCUUGGAGACUACGGCUGGACUGGCUGGCAGCCCCUUCCUCUGGAAUUCUGUAACACUGCCCUGCCCAAGCUCCAGGCUGAAGGAGUGUCCAUCCCCCGAGAAAUUCAGAACGACUGUGAUCCAGGUGACCGUAGUGCAAUCAGCAAUGCCACCAUCGAAGAAAAGCGCACUGCCAAAUACAUCGAGAAAGUUUGUUCGAAGAAGGACUGCGCUGCUUUCAUGUCCGUCGGAGACAACUUCUAUGACAGUGGAGUGGCCUUCCACUCUGAGGGGAUCAAUCGCUUCUACGAGGGAUGGGCCAACAUGUACGUUGGCAAGGCCUUCGAUGGCAAACCCUGGUACCAAGCCAUUGGCAACCACGACGUGGUGGCUGGCAAGGCCGGUGUGGAUUUCCAAACCCGCCUGGCUCCCCUGAUUGAUGACCGGUGGUACUUUGGUCACGAGAACAAGCCCUUCUACACAUACGAUCUCAAGGGCGCCGACUGGACCGCUACCUUUGCCGUGAUCGACUCCGACUGCUUCAUCAACAAAUACCAGCAGUCGACCUCGGUCUACAACACCGACUAUGUGAUCGAGUGUCACAAGGACACACAGACCCAAGUUGACUUCCUUCGCAAAACCUUUGCCGAGUCGGACGCGACCUGGAAGAUCCUGCAGAUUCACCACGGUUUCGUCUCUUCGAGUUCCAAUUACACCGAACUGACUCCCCUCAUCGACAUUGUCCGCGAGAACAACGGCGUCGUGGUCAAUGGCCACGAUCACUGCAUGGCCCAUUACGAGUACGAAGGGACCAACUUCGUCCUCACCGGCGGUGCCGGCUACGCCGAGGCUGGCGAUUGUAACAACGGUGUCCCCCUAGGUCCCUUCACCAAAUGGCUCGGGGCCGAUGCCGGUCAGGCCGCUAACGGGUUUGUGACGCUCGAUAUCAGCUCCAAGGAGCUGCUGUUUGAGUACUACGCUCGGGAUAUGAAGCUCAAGAGUGCGGAUUAUUACCCCGUCGCCGACGAGAUGAUGCCCUCCUACAACUUCACCGUGACCAAGCAUGCCACCAAGGGUCGUCACCACUAG